AUUGCUGGGGGCAGUGUGAUCAGGUCUCUGCUGACUACAUUUCGAAACUACUAUUUGAAGUCGACGACUCCAAUCACCUACUUUCUCACCCGGCAUAACUGUAACCACUCGACCAGCCAUGAUCGCUCCGGCGGUGGUCGACUCAGAAGCGACCAAACGAAAACCUCAAGAGAAUGAGCAGGCUCAUGAGUCUGAUGAGGAUGAAAUAGAGGAGGAAGUUGCGGAUGUCCUUGGGACUGGUGAGUACACAGUUUGCCUCGUGUUUGUUCUAUCAGGUCUCGAGAGUGGAGCUUAUUAGCUUGCGACCAUUCGUCAGUGGGUCCCGACAAGCUGGUAUUGGUUCUCAUGAAGUCAAAUGCGUUUCUGACAUUUUCAUUUGGUGUGUUGUAGGUGAGGCAAGUAAGAAGAAAAAGAAAAAGAAGAAGUCGAAGAAAAAGAAGCUCACGCAGAGCGAUCCUCCCCGGGUUGGUAUAACCAAGCUGUUCCCGGAUGGGAACUUCCCCGAGGGCGAGUUGCAGGAGUACAAAGACGACAAUGCCUGGCGCACCACAUCCGAAGAGAAGCGUUAUAUUGAACGAGAAAUCCUCAACGACCCCGUGGAAACUUACACUAGCAUCCGUCGAGCGGCCGAAGUCCAUCGACAAGUCCGACAGUACGCUCGAAAAACUAUCAAACCUGGGAUGAAGAUGAUGGAGAUUGCAGACCUGAUCGAAGACGGUGUCAGGGCGUGUGUGGAGGAGAAUGGGUUAGAGAGUGGGGUUGGGUUUCCUACUGGGCUUAGUCUGAAUCAUUGUGCAGCGCAUUAUACACCUAAUGCUGGGGAUACCAAAGUUCUUCAGGAUGGUGAUGUAUUGAAGGUUGACAUUGGUGUUCAAGUCAAAGGGCGGAUAUGUGACUCUGCAUUCACUCUCUCGUUUGAUCAUCGUUAUGAAAAGCUGCUCGAGGCCGUCAAAGCCGCUACCAAUACCGGUAUUAGGGAAGCUGGCAUUGAUGUUCGUCUAGGUGAAAUUGCGGGUGCCAUCCAGGAGACGAUGGAGUCCUACGAGGUCGAGAUCGACGGCAAGGUCCUCCCUGUUAAACCAAUUGAAAAUCUCAGCGGUCACACGAUCGGGCUGUAUUCAAUCCACGGUGGGAAGGUUGGGAAGAGCGUCAUGUUGGUCAAGAACGAGGAUCAGACGAAAAUGGAAGAGGGCGAGUAUUUCGCAAUUGAGACGUUCGGGUCGACAGGUCGUGGACGAGUUGUUGAAGAGGGUGAGGUCUCGCAUUACGCCAAACGGGGUGAUGCACCAAAAGUGCCCCUCAGGUUAACGACGGCGAAGUCAUUACUCAGGACCAUCGACAAGAACUUCGGUACUCUACCAUGGUGUCGGAGGUAUCUCGAUCGGCUUGGAGAGACUAGAUAUCUCCUAGCGCUGAACAACUUAGUCCAACAAGGUAUCGUUCAGGACUAUCCGCCGCUGUGCGAUGUCCGGGGAUCUAUGACAGCCCAAUUCGAACACACGAUCUUGCUGCGCCCGACAGUAAAGGAGGUCGUCAGCAGGGGGGAUGACUACUAGUCUCGCUACUUGUACUGAUCAUGCUGUAUUCGUGGACUUUUGUUCAACACGCAUUCGCCACUUGGUCCCCCAUAACCAUUUGCAUCCUCAGUUGUACCGUCUCGGCACGCGAAAAUGGUGGAUGAGUAUCCGAGGGGGACAUAAAGAAAGGAGUGUGCGUCUGUUCGGACUAACUUCGGAGUUGACCCGGAAGCCAAAAAAGGAAAGCAGAGACGAAUUCUUGAUUAUGUAAGCGAUAGGAGCAUGUGAAAAAUACGUCAGAUGGCCGACAUCU